AUGGUUCAUUUCGACAGGCUUCGUGAUAUUCAUUCAUGGAGGAAUGAUUGGAAAAUAUGUGUAAAGGUCCUACAGAAAUGGAGGAAGAUUGAUGAAGGAGAAGACACUGUUGAAAUCAUCUUCUUAGAUGUUUUUGGGGACAAGAUGCAUGGAACAAUAUCCAAUGAUCUGUUCCUGCAAUUAAACAACAAAUUGCAGGAGAAUGACUGGAAGAUUGUUUAUAAUUUCUCCAUUAUCCGUAAAACAAGCCCCAUCAAGAUUGUUGAUAACAGUUAUUGCAUUGCCUUCAUAGAGGAAACAAUUUUGGAUGACUCAGAACCACUGUCUAGCAAUCAUUUCAUCAACUACCUAUCUUUUGAUAGAGUAUUCGAUAGUUUCCAUGCUGUGAGGAACGUCUGCUUAGGUAACAAUUCAGAGUUUUAA